AUGGAAUCCCGAUCGAGAAGAGCGGCCCCGUACGGCCGCGCCUGCGUCAAUUGCGCCCGCGCCAAAUGCAAGUGUCUGCUGCGUAACAAUGGCGAGGGCUGUGAGAGAUGUAUACGACUCAAGAAAGAAUGCAUUCCGUCGCCUACCGUGCGGCAAAGGCGACCGCGAGCCUCCCGCGCUGCGCGGCUAGAGCAGAAACUCGAUGGGCUGGUUUCGCUGCUGCAGACUGGGGGUCGUGGCUUGGUGGAUACAGGAAGGACUGAAGAUGCAAGAAUGGUUAGUGCUGAUGCUAGUGUAUCUAGUCAGCAGCCUAGCAGCCAUGAUACCAUGGUGCCAACCUCCUCCUCCGAUCCAUAUGCUCUUCCUCAGGAGAUUGAAAUCCCGCCAGGGGAGGCAGAGGCGUAUGUGGAACUGUUCCGCACUCGAUACCUAAACCUCCUCCCAAUAAUGCAUAUCGGUCACGAUAUCACCGCUCAAAAGCUUCGUCAGCAACGACCUUUCCUCUGGUUAUGUAUCAUGGCCGUAUCGUGCAUCGAUGGAACUCAACAGAACGUCCUAGGACGAGCAGUGAGGGAGAUCGCCGCUCGGGAGGUCGUGGUGGAAGGACGCCGAACGCUCGACCUGUUACUAGGCUUGCUUUGCUUGAUUGCAUGGGGCCAUUUCCGCUUCUCCAUGGGUCCUUUACUGACAGUGUUCUCACAUCUCUGCACUGCAAUGACUUUGGACCUGGAGCUGCAGAAGCGCGAACCAAAGAGCAGUCAUAUCCAGCAUUUUGCGCCUCGCGCCGUGCCACCGCAGUUUCUAGGCAAGAUCCGGGUUCCGGAAUCGAGAACCAACGAGCAUCGACGCACGGUUCUGGCUUGCUACCUGCUUACUUCCAGUGCGGCUACCUUCCACGGGAGGAUCGAGAGUCUGACCUGGUCCCCAUAUCUUGACGAUUGCCUAAAACUGCUCGAAGAUGCGAACGAAGCUCCGGGCGACAAGCUGCUUGUCUACCUGAUUAGAUUCCAGUUACUCACUAGUAAGGUGAUGAAAAUUGCACUCCAGAUCAGCGACACCAAAACAGAAGAAAGCACUCGGAUCAUCGGGCCCUACCUCGCUUCAAUCAACGGCGAACUAACCGCCGUACGAGACCCGGCUCCCUCCCACAUUAAAACAAACAAGAUCUUCCAGACAAUGGCAGCACACACCGAGAUCGUAAUCAACGAACUGAUUCUCCUCCGCGUACAUGACGCCCCGGUCUCCGCCGACCCCGACCUGCAAACCAUCCACCAUCUACUCAAAUGCCUCGACGCAGUCAAAUUGUGGGUGGCUACGAUCCUCCAAUUCGAAGCAGAAGAUUAUGUCGGCUUUCCGUUCCUGCUAUGGAAGCAGUUCCGCACCGUCGUUCUCGCUCUGAUCCGGCUGGCGUCCCUGGAUGACCACGCAUGGGACACGAGCUACGUUCGCCGGUCCGUCGACCUCCCUGCAGUGCUUGACAAGAUCAGCCAGAAGUUAGAGCGUGAGAUGAAUGACAGCCCCCCGUCCCAGGGUAAUGUUUUUUCCACAUUCGUUAAAAUGAUCCAGGUUCUCAGAUCCUGGUGUUUAUCCGCAUACACUGAAGACGAACCGACCAGUUCCGAUGUCCAGUCCCCUGCUAUCUUGCAUGCAGGAGAACAACUGGGAGUUCUCGAGGAUCAACCCUUGGAUUAUCAUGAGUUCAUACCUUUCGACGAAGAUUUCUGGAACGUGGGCUUUCUCGGUUGGCCUUAUAUCUCGUGA